AUCGCCACAAAGGGAGAAGACGACGAGGAACGCGUGGAAUAAUUCGUGGAAGCUGUCAUGCGCAGGUGACUAAAGUCCUCGUUGAGUUCUCCACGGGACAAUCAGUUUUCUGAGGUGCUACGCUUCUCUCAAGGAUGUGUUACGCGAACACCAUAUUGCGCAUAAAGUUGUUGGCUGCCUUUUGCUUCUGCGUCAAUGUAGGUAACGUUUUGUACAUGUUUAUGCGUUACGAGGAUCUUCUUCCCACGGAACCAACUCACCCCCUAAAGCUGCUCGAAGAAAUAGCGCCUGCUGUCAAGAACCUUGACAGAUACAUGACACCAAUGGAGGGUACCCUAGUCGUUGGUGGACUCGCGGCCAUCAGCAUUGUCUUCGAUGCUUGUCUCUAUGUCGGCGUAGAAAAUGAAAAACCUCACUUAGUGCUCGCAGCUUGGGCCUGGGGAAUAUUGGAUUCGGCCUUCGACUUCACUAUCGGCGUUGCUGCGGCGAAUAUGAGCUUUAUGGACGGCUUGGCUCGUCCGACGGAACAUCCGACCACAGAACGGCCGUCCACUCGCUAUGGACAAUAUAACCCAGGACGUGAACCAGAAAGAGUAGUCAUGGAACCUAAACCGGAAGAAACAGAGGCAGACAACCUGACAGCCUCAAUGACCGCUGGUGCCGCAGAGGGACGAAAGAGGCCACGUGAUGUUGUCGUUGACGAGGAACAAGGCCGUCUACCGGGCUUGGCUCGUCCGACGGAACAUCCGACCACAGAACAGCCGUCCACUCGCUAUGGACAAUAUAACCCAGGACGUGAACCAGAAAGAGUAGUCAUGGAACCUAACCCGGAAGAAAUAGAGGCAGACAACCUGACAGCCUCAAUGACCGCUGGUGCCGAAGAGAGACGAAAGAGGCCACGUGAUCUUGUCGUUGACGAGGAACCAGGCCGUCUACCUGACGCGAAACUGACGGUCCUGUUGUUAUACGUGGUAUUCCGUCUUGUCUUCAAGGUGGUCGCAUUAGCUGGUAUCAAAGAAUACGUCAGUUGGAUGCGCGAAGGAAUCCGCAAGAAAGAACUGGCAGAGAAACUGGGCAAGAUGGCGCUACCGGUCACCGUCAAGUCACCCCCGGCCGCUUGCCCUCCAGCGCCUGCGUUUAAGCAUGGACCUCCGGAACAGAUAGCUCCUUGGCCGGAAGGCUUCAGUCCGGGCCUUGGAUUUCAACGACUCAAAUAGCCCGCAAACAGGAUAACGAUAUCUCUCAACGAUAAUGAGCCUCGACAUAAUGUUGACCUAAUGUUGUUCUACGAAACUAUUAAAUUAUUCGUGCAGUUGA